GCAGAGCGGGAGGGAGCGUGUGACAAGGCAUCAUGGCAGAGCCGGAGAACCUCGAGGUGAUGGUGAAAACUUUGGACUCUCAGACCAGGACCUUCACGGUGGAGGCUGAGAUCACGGUCAAAGAGUUCAAGGAGCACAUUGCGGGCUCGGUCAGCAUCCCCUCCGAAAAGCAGCGCCUCAUCUAUCAAGGGAGAGUCCUGCAAGAUGACAAGAAGCUGAAAGAAUACAAUGUCGGUGGCAAAGUCAUCCACUUGGUGGAGCGUGCCCCUCCCCAGACGCAGUCGCCCUCGGGGGGGCCCUCCGGAGCGGGCCCAUCGCCGGUCCCCCACAACGGCACAGGCUCCCGGGGGGCGGGCCCCACCGUGCACGACCGCAACGCCAACAGCUACGUCAUGGUGGGAACCUUCAACUUACCAGUAAGCAUUAUGGACCCGCAGCCACCCACACAAAGCGAAGGAUCGUCUGUGGACGUUCAUAUAAAUAUGGACCAGGCUCCUGUACAGAGCGAACCUCGGGUCCGCCUCGUCAUGGCCCAGCACAUGUUACGGGACGUCCAGGGCAUCCUGAACCGGCUAGAGGGCCAGGGCAACAGCCAAGCUGCCUCGGGAUCCGAGGAAGCGCCGUCGGCCAGCCCCACCGAACGGGAGCUGAUGGAGGGAGCGGAGUCCGAGCCUCCCAGCGAGCCCACGCCGGCCGAGGAGACGCCCCCAUCGGGGUCUGAGCUGCCCCCAGCGGCUGAGGCUGCUGCACCCAACCACCCAUCGCCGGCAGAGUACGUGGAGGUGCUGGGGGAGCUCCGCGGGGUGGAGAGCAGGCUGCAGCCCUUCCUGCAGAGAUACGAGGAGAUCUUGGGAACCGCUGGCACCGCUGACUACAACAAUAAUACGGAGGGCCGUGAGGAGGACCAGCGCAUCAUCAACUUGGUGGGGGAGUCGCUGCGCCUGCUGGGGAACACAUUCGUGGCCCUCUCAGACCUGCGCUGCAACCUCUCCUGCAACGCCCCCCGCCACCUCCACGUGGUGCGGCCGAUGUCCCACUACACCGCCCCCAUGGUGCUGCAGCAGGCGGCCAUUCCCAUCCAGAUCAACGUGGGAACCACUGUCACCAUGACGGGCAAUGGCUCUCGCCCUGCCCCGGCUGGCUUGGAAGCCUCUGCCCAGGCCGCCCAGCCUGCUCCCCCCGCCCAGCCCAGCGCUCCUGCAGAGGCCGGGCGGCCCUCAGAGGGGCUGCCGCCUUCCUCUUCCCCGGGAAGCACCCCGACUCAGACGCAGGCCUCCCAGACGGGACACCCUCGCGUGAUCCGCAUCUCGCAUCAGACAGUUGAACCGGUGGUUAUGAUGCACAUGAACAUACAAGAUUCCGGCUCCCAGAUGGGAGGAAGCAGUGCUGGGGGAGCACCACCCAUGGGGCCUGCUGGACCCGGCCAAGGAAUGGGUGGGGCUCCUCACAUGCCCCUCCCCAGCCUCCCGCCAGAGUUCAUGCAGGCAGUGGCCCACCAGAUAACGCAGCAAGCCAUGGCUGCGGCAGCCUCCGCGGCCACAGGCCAGCAGGUCCCCGGCUUCCAGUCUGCGCCAACACGUGUGGUGAUUGCCAGGCCCUCCGCUCCUUCUGUGCGGCCCACUCACCCUGGGUCGCCCCAGGCACCAGGACAAGGGGGCCCUGGCAUGGGCGGAAAUGCCUCCUUGGCCCAGAUGAUCAGUGGGUUGGUCGGGCAGCUCCUCAUGCAGCCAGUGAUAGUGGCUCCGGGCAGUGGGACCUCCUCGUCAGCGUCCUCUUCCGUCAGCGGCCAGGCCGCCUUCAGCACCGGCACCUCCGCCUCUCCUCCCACGGCCUCCGCCAGCGCCGGCACAACCAACACUGCCACCACAGCCGCGGGGGGCAGUUCGGCCGGCGCCCCCGGGGGACCCGUCCCCUCUGGCCAGCCUCCGAUGGCCGCCGAGCUCCAGUUCUCUCAGCUGCUGGGGAACAUCCUCGGGGCAGCGGGCUCCAGCAUGGCCGGGGUGGCUGGCGUGGGGUCCCCCACCAUCACCGUGGCCAUGCCGGGGGUCCCCGCUUUCCUGCAAGGCAUGACAGACUUUCUGCAGGCGACGCAGAUGGGGCCGGCCCCUCCGCACACCCCGGAGCAGGCGCCCCCUCCUCCGGCGGCCUCUCCACCACCUCCCCCCUCCGCCCCUCAGAGCGGGCCGGAGGCGCCCCCCGCCGGGGCGGGCGGGGGCAGUGGAGUCCGGGGCGGGGCCUCGGCGGAUGCGCUGCCGCCCGAGUUCUUCACCAGCGUGGUGCAGGGGGUGCUGUCGUCCAUGAUGGGCUCCCUCAGCGCCCAGCAGGGCAGCACGGAGAGCAUCGCCGACUUCAUCCAGCGCCUGAGCGGCACCAGCAACCUCUUUGAGCCCGGCACCGAGGGGGCUCUCGGCUUCUUCGGGGACUUGCUCUCCUUGAUCUGCCAGAACUUCUCCAUGGUCGACAUGGUGAUGCUGCUGCACGGGCAGUUCCAGCCACUGCAACGGAUCCAGCCCCAGCUCAGCCGCUUCUUCCGGGAGGAGUACCUGCACGGCCAGGAGCCCACCGAGCGCAAUGUCCGGAUGGCCACUUACAACUUGAUCAAUGGCUUAGAGGAGUACAUCCGUGAGAGCUUUGCCUCUGUCCAAGUCCAGGACGGCGUCGACAUCACCCGCACCAACCUGGAGUUCCUGCAGGAGCAGUUCAACCGGAUCGCCACGCACAUCCUGCACUGCACAGACAACUCCUUCGGGUUCCGGCUGCUGGAGCUGUGUAACCAGGGCCUCUUUGAGUGCCUGGCCCUGAACCUCUACUGCUUGCAGGGGGAGCAAGCGGCCCUGACUGCUGUCAUCAACGACCGCAUUAGGCGGAUGUCGGCGGACAUGAACCCAUCCCUGGUGAGCUGGCUCACCACCAUGAUGAGCAUGCGGUUGCAGGUCAUCCUGGAGCACAUGCCCGUCACGGAGGAACACAUCCUGCAGUACGUCCGCAGGGCGGGCGAUCCCCCCCAGCCUGUUCCUGAAGAGCCCAUGGACUUGCAGGCUGCUGAGCAGCUUUCCGAAGCCCUACAGCGCGAGAGUGUGGCCUCCCCGGCCCCAGCCACCACGGCAGAGGAGGCCAUGCCCCAGCAGCGGGGAGAGCCGGAGCAUGAAGAGCCCCAGCCAGGGGAGCCCCCCGCUCCCGACACAGAGCCCUGGGCCGCCGCUGUGCCCCCUGAGUGGGUGCCCAUCAUCCGCGAAGACAUCCAGAGCCAGCGCAAGCUCAAACAGCAGCCGCCCCUCAGCGACGCCUACCUGAGCGGCAUGCCGGCGAAGCGGCGCAAGACCAUGCAGGGCGAUGGGCCCCAACUGCUUCUGUCCGAGGCAGUCAGCAAAGCGGCCAAAGGGGCUGGCGUGAAGCCCCUGACCAGCCCCGAUAGCCUCCACCGGGACCUUGCAGACCCAGCUCUACAGGAGGGCUACCGCCAACAGCUGAAAUCUGACCUGCAGAAGCGUCUGCAAGCGGACCCCAGCUUCACUCCCCAGAGGUUCCCCAAUGCCCAGCAGGCCUUUGUGGCCGAGGACUCGUAAUGGCUGGCACCGCAGCCCUCCUGGGCCGGAGGCG